UCUCUUUGAUAAUCGCAUUAUCCAGUUUCUGUCACUGCUUCACUUAUAAUUGCUAGAUGCUAAGCAUGGGAUGACUAUGGAAUAUGGUAAAAUGUGUGCUUUAUCACAAGUACUAGACAACUCAACUGUUUUCCGUGUUCUAGUAUACAUUUUGAAGGCGGUUCAUUAUUUCCUAGACGACAUUUUCAGUUAGUAAAGAUGAAUAUUUCACAUCUUUACUCAUAUUAGCUGCCUAUAUUUCUUAUCAACCCUUUGUUCCCAAGUUGCAUGAGCUUGAAUCGCUGGUUCUAGUCACAUCUAUCAAGUCUUCUAGAAUAAAUAGCCUUAAGAAAUUAUUAGGGUGAUGCUACUCAAAUCAAGUCUUCUAGAAAAAAUAUGCAACCAUGUGUAUUCUUUUAAAUGUCAUUUUUCUUUCCUAAUUAUAACAAAGCCUUUUUUAUGGGUUAACAGAGAGAAACCGAAUAGCUAUGGAUACUAAAUAGGCACCUCUGCUUGGGAAACCUGAACCUAGUCAAUUUAUCAAGUGGACUAGUUUUGAAACAAAGACAAGCUGGCAGUUUUGGAUGUGUCUGGCUAGAGUGAGAUGUUGACUAGAUAUGCAAGUUGGACACUGUUUUUACUUAAAAGAGAAUAUUGGUUUUUAACAGGAAGAAAGACAGACGUACAACCAAGUUGGUGUUAUGAUUUGCAGUUCAGGAUUCAAAUAAAAGCUUAGUUUGAAUUGUACUGGGUGCAUGUUUUAUUGAGAAACUUUAUAACAAUCAGAUUUAUUUCCGAGCUCAAUAAGAGGUUGAUUAUGCUGUCACCAAUGAAGAUAAGAUCAGUCAACUGCCAGAUGAUUUGCUGUCAGGCAUCCUCUUGCAUUUGGACCUGAUGGAAGUUGUUAGGCUGAGAAUUUUAUCAAGAAGGUGGAAAAAUGUUUGCAAACUCAGGGGUGAGCUGCGUUUAAACUGCCUUGACAUGUUUAGAGUGAAUCAGUCCCAUGAUAAGUGUAGUCGUCAGGAUCAGUUUAGGUUCUUGAAAGCUGUAGACAAUUGUUUACAGCUUUGUUCCUGUCAAACCAUUACUUGCUUGGAAAUUUCAUGCUGUUUUCUGAAAAGAUUUACCUCUGAUUUUAUUCGAUGGAUGCAGUCUAUUGCUACAUUAGAUAUUCAAGAACUUCACCUCAGGUUUCUGUGUUCCUCCUCGCCUCUCUGUGAACAUGUCAAGUCCAGCACGAUUGACCUUUUUCCUAUCUCUUUUCAGCUUCUUUCUAAAGCAGCCACAUUGAAACAUUUGCAUCUGUGUGCAUGUGUUCUCCAACCAAGGUUUACCAGCCAAUUUAAUUCACUUAAGAGCCUUUACUUGGACCUGGUUCCCAUGAGUAAUGGAGAAUUACCGAGAAUAUUGUCUUCAUGUGUGAACCUUCAGACGUUGAGAGUUGCAUAUUGUAAACUUUCUCCUAAGUUAUGUAUCUCUGGCCAGUGUCUCCAGUUGAAGUGCCUUUAUGUUCAUUCAUGUCCUGGGCUACAGGAGAUAGUAAUAUGCGCUAAAAACCUCAAUACUUUUUCUUGCUUUGCGGAGGGUACGAUGAAAUUUUCUCUCGAUGUUCCCAAUCUGGAAGAUGCACGUGUCCACGUUAGAGGCCCUAAUGCCAUGCCUUAUAUGUUUGGAGAAGUUUUCAAGGACUGUACUAAGUUAAAAUUUCUGUUGUUCCAAAUACGCACCAAUGAGAUACGGUAUGUGCCUACAAAGAUGGAUAUGUUCAGCAAUCUUAGGACAUUAUCAUUUGUGCCCAUUAUCGAAACUUUGGCUGAUGAACUAGAAAUUGCACCUAUUCUGGUGGCCUGCCCACUUUUGGAGAAACUUCGUCUGCAGUUCCUUUGUGAAGGUAUAAAUCAAAAAAGGGGAAGAAAUUGGCCUACAGAGCCUCUUGCUUGUCUAAAAGAGGUAGAUCUCGAUGGAUUUAAAGCGUCAUUGAAUGAAAUAGAUUUCGCUUGCUAUUUGGCACGAAAUGCUCCUGUACUCGAGCGACUCACAACUCGGCCAACCUGUAGAAUCUAUGUUGAAGAUUUUGCAGUAACGACUGCACCCAGUGGUGCCUAUUUACGUUCGCUAGUCACUUAUCUGCAUGGAUUAGUAAUGCUGCAUGCCAUCUCCAAUAAACUGGAGGUGAAUGUUUUGGGACUUCCUUGAGUCUCCGACGAAGUGAGGCCGUGUUCUUGAAUAAGCAGAUAUGAAGCUGGGAGUUUUUGCAGCGGAGGACUCAACAGUUGCUGUAGAAGAGACAAUGAUUAGAUACGAAGCCGGGAGUUCUGGAAGGAGGGGAAUCAACCAUUACCAUGGAAGACAAUUCGGGCAGGUGUAGCCUGGAGGGGUCAAUAUGUACUUUCCAAAUCUCUUCGAGUUUGCUAAUUACCAUGAUGUGUUGAACAGUUCAAUUGUGGAAUAAUUAAGAGAUCAUGUAGGAUGUAUCAUAUUAUUAUAUUAAACUCUGGUUAGGCGUAAUUCACACAACUUAAAAAGUUUUUAACUUAUAAUCUUGAUGUUUAUACUUGAAUCAAACGUACAUGAAAGCUAUGGAUUUCUAAAUUGCGGACUGGAUCCAUUGAAGUGGAGGAACUUAAUAU